AUGCAGUCCACUAUUGCCCUCGCCGGCAUCGCCGCGCUCCUCCGCAUCGCCCACGCGAGCCCCGUCGCCGUGGCCCCGGAGGCAGCCCGCGCCUCCCUCUUCAACCUCACCAACGACUGGGACUGCCGCUCCGACAAGAACCCCGUCAUCGCGCUGCACGGCCUCUUCGCCCAGCGCAACUUUGACCUCAACUUCCUCGAGGCCUGGCUGCGGCCGCGCGGCUACUGCACCUACGGCCUGACCUACGGCGCGCACCCGCUGCUCCCGACCCUCGGCGGCGUGCGGCUCGUCGCCGAGUCGUCGCAGGAGAUUGUCGAUCUGAUCGACGAGGUGCUCGCGCGGACCGGCGCGCCCAAGGUCGACCUGGUCGGGCACUCGGAGGGCGGCCUGCAGGCGCUGUACGUGCCCAAGGUGCGCAACAUGAGCGCCAAGGUGGACAAGAUCGUGGCGAUCGCGCCGCCGACGCACGGGACGGACUUUUCCAAGCUUCUCAGCCUCGCGGACGCGCUCGACGUCAGGGCCGAGGUCAACGAGCUGCUCACGACGGUGGGUUGCCCGGCGUGCCUAGACGUGGCGAAUGGGGAUGCGAUCAAGGCGCUCAACGACGGCCCCAUCGUCCAGCCCGGAAACACGGUUACCGUCUUAGCCACGAAAUAUGACGCCAUUGUCACGCCGGCCGGGAAGACUUCCUUCAUCGAUGAGCCUGGGGUGACCAACAUCCUGAUCCAGGAUGUCUGCCCGAUCGACAUUGCUGGUCACGUCAGCCUGGCCAUCGACACCAACGUGUUUGAGUUGACUCUCAAUGCGCUCCAGGGCAAAAAUGGUAGAAAGUUCUCCGGCAACCUGACCAGCAACCUGGAGCGUUUGACAGCUGAGAGACACGGGGCGAUCCGCCUGGGCACCGCUUAUGAGCUGCAUACGAUCCGGCGAGUCUUCAACCUCUUGGACAUGCACCCCGUCGGCUACUACGACCUGUCCGUCGCCGGCCUCCCCAUGCACGCCACAGCCUUCCGACCAACCCGUCACGCAAGCCUGGAGCGGAACCCCUUUCGAGUGUUCACCACCCCUCUCCGCCCAAAGCUCCUCGCCUCCGCACGAGCGCGGGAGUUGUCCAAAACGCUCCUCGCUCGCCGCAACAUCUUCUCCGACGGGCUACUACGCAUGCUCGACGCAGCCGACUCGCUGGCCGGGCACCUCACGCGCGCGCAGGCCGCCGUCCGGUCGCCACGUCGACGUCGACCCCGACGCCGAGUACCGGCUCCUCAAGGCGGAGCACCCGAUAUCCUCGCGGACAUUGCGUGCUUCUGGACGGCGCACAUCAACCACCUCACGUCCCGCACGCUGGACAUUGCGCGGGCCCAGGCGGCGAUGCGGGCGCGCGGCAUGCGGGCUAAGGAGCGCAUCGAGGGGCCGCCGCCGCGGGCGUGCCCGAUCCUGCUGCGCCAGACGAGCUUCCUGGCGCUGGAGGAGCGGGUGAGCUUCCCCGCGGACGCGGAAGCGGAGACGCUGGUCGCGGCGACGCACACGCCGGCGGGCAGGGACUUGUAUGACGCUCUUCUCUCCGAGUGCGCUGAGAAGUCGGUGGGUCUCGGCCCUGAGGAGGCGGAGGCGGUCGCGAGGCAGGUCUUUGCGGCCUUUCCGGAUACCUGGGAUUCACUGCGAUCCCAGGGCUUAAUCUACUGCCGAUAUUCGGUUUUGAGACAGCCGGAAGGAAGGCCGGCAGUCGCGGGGGCGAAUGAGAACACGCUUGAGCAACUCGUGGCGGACGAGUUUGUUGAGGCUGCGCCCAUUACAUACGAAGACUUCUUGCCCUUCUCUGCCGCCGGCAUUUUCCACUCAAAUCUCUCUGCUUCUGGUCAACCCAAGGAUGUGGGAAUCCAAGAAGAAGGGUCUGAUCAACCCGCGUUCGAAUCGGCAUUGGGGUCUCCUGUGCUCGACAUGUAUAAGUGGGAUGCUAGUGUUCAAAAAGCAAGCAUUCAAGCAGUGAGCAGAGAGCUGGGUAUGGGUUUAAUCGAGCUGGGGAGGUAA